AUGACACAGCAAUCGGUUGUGCUGAAAACGGGUGGUAACUCCGGAUUUGGCUUCGCGGUCGCAGAAGAGUUGGGUUCUGAUUCUACAAAACACAUUCUCUUGGGAUGCCGGUCAGCUGAGAAGGGCGAAAAGGCAGUGGCAGAACUCCAGAAUCGAGCACAAGCAACGAUUGACUUUGUCCGGCUUGAUAUUACAGAUGAGAAGUCGAUAUCUGCUGCAGUCAGUGAGGUUGAGAAGAAAUACGGGAGACUGGACGUUCUUGUCAACAAUGCCGCCACGCUUGAUCAAAACCAAGAAUCACUAGCCCUUCAGAUGGCAUCAUGCUUCGAGACGAACUCAACUGGCGUAGCUUUGGCGGUCGAUGCCUUUCUUCCAUUGCUGAAGAAGUCAACGAGCGUAGCACGCAUCAUCAAUAUCUCCUCUGGCGCAGGCUCCCUCAGACGAAGAGUGAAUCAGAGCCCGAACGCACAGGUGGUUGGGAUGCAAGGCGUUGCUUAUGCUGCCAGCAAGGCGGCUCUCAACAUGAUUACUCUCGCCCAGGCGAAAGCCUACGGUGGAGAUGCGCUGAAGGUGUUUGUAUACACGCCCGGUUUCGUUAUAAGUAACUUGUCGACGCUCAAUACUGUUGAGAACGGAGCGAAGUCGCCCAAGGAUGGCGCAUUAGGCCUCGUGAAGGUGAUCAAUGGCGAGAGAGAUAGCGAGCAUGGUGGUUUCUUGUCCGAGUCGGGCCAAUACGAAUGGUAG